AUGGGAGACUUCCAAGUCGACUUUGCGCAAACCCUUUUUAUGUGUAUUUUGUACAUUUCUAUAGGAACCAUUUCCAUAAUCUGCAGUUUAACAACCAUCACUUUAUAUUUAACGAGUCGAGAUUUAAGGAGAAAAUAUAUUCUUUAUCUGGUCCUUGAUAUGUGUGAACUUCUUGAUGCGAUCAGCUAUGUGUUAUUGGGUACUGGGCGGGGUCAUCAGUUGUUGACUGGAGUGAUGGCUGUACCCAUUACAGUCCGAGCUUGCUUCUUCACAAAAUAUUGGCCCCAAUCGCUUAUCCUUGGAACUCAACUUCCAUCGAUUUGCACAAUGUUUUUAUCUUUCGAAAGAAUUAUGGCUGUCAGCAAACCAGCAGUUUAUAAAAGAAUGUGUACUCAAAAUUUUAAAUACAUCUUAUGCGGAAUGGUUCCGGUGUGGGGAGUUUUAACACUGUUGGCUGCCGGAGCAUCUGUGAUCGGAGUGGAUGGGGAUAGAGUGGUUGGUACGAGACAUUGUGCAAUUAUUACGAGUACCAGUAGGUGGUACGCCACAUUUCACUUCACAUUCAUCGUCCUUGCCUACGUCAUCGCCUUCUUCUCCACCCUCAUCGUAUGGGCGACUCGCAGGGUAAUGACGACAUUAACAAAAAGCAAAUACGGAUCUCAAGAUGAUAAACUUGGGAUGAUUUUGGCCAUGUCCGGAACAUCAAUAAUUCUUCUUGCUUCUCAGCAGUUGUGA